CACCGCCAGAAAACCUAGGACAGCUACUCUUAGAUUGGAUGUAUGCGCCCGCGAUAAUUACACCUUGAUCGUUCUGUUAUUCCCUAGUUUGCCUCUGGUCAUCUUCCUUCCCGGGCAAUUUUAAUAACCCGAUGCAUCCGAGCCAUCCUAUCAUUACCAGAAUAAAAACAAGCUUUCCUAGUUUUCACUUAAUUUUUUGUUGAAAUAGUCCUUCAUUAUGUCGUCAAAAAUUGAACGUAUUCAGCAGCAAAGGAGAAGUCUUCCUACAUUCGAUUAUAAAUCUGAGCUAAUAGACGCCAUUCGAGAAUACGAUAUUCUUGUGAUUAUCGGUGAAACUGGCUCUGGUAAGACUACACAGAUACCUCAGUACAUUUUGGAAGAAAUACCCGAGAUUAAAAAGGUUGGAGUUACUCAACCGAGACGUAUCGCAGCAAUAACAGUGGCUAAAAGAGUAAGUGAGGAGCAGAAUGUACGCUUGGGUGAUGCUGUUGGCUACACUAUCCGCUUUGAUGAUCGCACCUCACAAAAUACGCGACUAAAAUACAUGACCGAUGGUAUUCUGCUACGUGAAAUUACCGUAGACCCACAACUCAGUGCUUACGAUGUGAUUAUAAUUGAUGAAGCGCAUGAACGUACCUUGGAAACAGAUGUCCUCUUUGGUCUAUUGAAGCAAACCCAACGUGCGCGUUCUAACAAUCUCAAGAUUCUCAUUAUGUCUGCCACUUUAGAUGUGACAAAAUUCUCUGAUUUUUUUGAUGAAUGUCCUAUUUUUGAAAUUCCUGGUCGAACCUAUCCUGUCGAGAUUAUUUAUCCACUGUUAGAUGCACCAGCUCGAACCAUGUCUGUGCUCAAAUCCCAAUGUGUCGAUAAAGCGGUAGAAGUAGCUUGGGAUGUUCAUAUCAAACAACCGAAAGGUGACAUCCUUGUGUUUUUAACAGGUCAGCAGGAUAUUGACCGAGCGUGUAAAAAAUUCAAUGAUUUGUUGUAUAGUAACAAGAAUAAUGUACCGCGUAUUAAAAGGCAGCCUCGAGGGGACGGAUAUGACGAAGAAGAGAUUCACAGUGCAGUGGUAUAUCCGCUACAUGCAAGUUUGGAGACCUAUGAUCAAAAGGCAGUGUUUGAGCAAUCGAAGCCCGGGAGUAGAAAAGUAGUUUUUGCUACUAAUGUUGCCCAGACGUCAGUGACAAUACCCGGAAUUAAAUAUGUAGUUGACUCUGGUUUUGUUAAAGAAAAAUCCUUUGAUCCCAACACUGGCAUGGAUGCUUUACUUGUGACGGAAAUUAGUCAAGCAGCAGCUAUUCAACGUGCUGGUCGCGCUGGACGUACCGCUCCUGGCAAAGCUUACCGUCUCUACAGCGAGGAGAAUUUUGAAAGAAUGAUACCUGACACCAUUCCUGAAAUUCAACGUAGUAGUUUGAUGAGCACAGUUUUAGCACUUAAAAAUCUAAAUAUAGUUGAUGUGCUACACUUUGAAUUCAUUGAUCCACCAGAAGAACAACUCGUAAGAGAUGCUCUGAAGCAAUUGUAUCUCUUGGGUGCUAUAGACGAAAAUGGGUUAGUAACCAAAUUGGGAAAACAAAUGAAUCACUUGCCUUUAGCACCAUCAUUAGCACGUGUUCUGUUGGCCUCAGUUGACUACGGCUGCAGUUACGAAGUGUUAAUUAUUGUCAGUAUGUUAGCCAGUGAUUUAGAAUUGUUCAAAUUCCCAAGUCAUCGUCAACAGAAAGAAGAAGCGAUUGCUGCUGAAGCCUGUAAAUUACGAUUUGCUCACCACACCGGCGACCAUAUGACAUUAUUAAAUGUGUGGAAUGAAUGGAAAAGACACGGUAAAAGCCGACAAUGGUGUCGAGAAAAAUACAUUAAUCACAAGGUCUUGGAAAUGGCGUCUAGUGUACGGCAACAACUCACAAAUGUUUUGGAUAAAUUGAGCCUGAGAAUUAUUCACGCACCUAUGAUGAAAAGUAGUAAAAUGAAGUCGGACAGGAAGAAGCACGAUAAUAAACGACGACAGUUGGAUAUAAUUGAUCGUGACGAGAGUGUAGAUCCAAUACCAAUUUUGAAAUCCUUUUUAAGGGGCUAUUUCACCAACAUAGCCAACAAAGUACCUCAUCGCAGUGUUUUUUCACAUUAUUCGCCGGAUCAACAUUUAGUCCAGGAAGGACAAGUUAACAAUAUAUCUUCCACAGCUUUGGUAGCUCUUCAUUUACAUCCAUCCUGUGCGCUUUCGGAUAUGGUUGAUCGAAGCAAAUUGCAGUUCUCUGAAUUGGAAUGGGUCAUGUACACCAAUAUCACAUAUACAAACAAAGCUGUCAUGAAAGGAGUGAGUAAAAUUUUGUGGGACUGGGUGAAAGAAGGUGACGGCCAAGAGCGUAUCAAACAAUUGCCGCGGGCAAGAUUGAAUGGCGAAGCACGGCCGACGGAGGAGUUAUUAGAUUUACAAGUGCAACAAAAAGAAGAAGAAAGAGUGAGGAAAGAGCGAGAAGAAAAGGCGGCAAGAGAAGAACAGGAAACUAGAAAGCGUCGUGCAGAAGAAAUAGAAUCUAUAAGACAAAGAGCACUUGCGAGAAGAAGACGAUAACUAUUAGCACAUGAGCUGAGAAAUAAAGUAUAUAUACCUAGGCCUUUAUGGG